AUGCCAUUUGAUGAUAGAGAUGCAGUUGGCUAUAGAACGAGUAUCAACUCGUUAUAUAUGCUAUUUUGUACAUCCUUACUACCACUAGUUGUAAUAGGAAUUGCGUUUUUUUAUUCAGGAUUAACUCAAAGAAGAUCAGCUUUAACUAUGUUUGCAUUGCCUUUAAUAAUUACACCAAUGAUUGUUUUGGAUUGGUAUAUUUGGGGCUAUUCUCUUUGUUAUUCAGCUACUGAUAAUGGGUAUAUUGGAAAUUUAAGUUAUGCAGUAUUGCGACAAAUUAAAGGGACCAUGAAACAAGAAUUUACAAAUAAAAGAGGUAACGUAUUGGUCAUCAAUCAUUUUUUAUUUAAUAUGUUUUUCAAAAUUAUUUGUGCUGCAUUAACUUUUCCUGGAUGUAUUGCAGAAAGAGGUAGAAUUUUGCCCAUGUUACUAUUUUUAUUCAUUUGGUCAAUUAUUAUUUACAAUCCAGUAACUUAUUGGUUUUGGAGUGAUAAUGGUUGGUUAAAUAAGAUGGACGUUUUGGAUUUUGCAGGUGGGAAUUGUGUUCAUAUUGUAUCUGGUUUUACUGCAUUAGCUUAUUCAUACAUUUUGGGAAUAAGGAAUCCUAAAAUUUUGUAUAAUUAUCGUCAUGCAAAUACGGGACAUAUCAUGAUAGGUACAUUUUUAGUAUUUUGUGGUUGGUGUGGAUUCGUAGCUGGUUGUGAUUUUAAAUUUUCAUUCAAUUCAUUAUUUAUUAUUUUCAGUACUAUUUUAGCUGCAAGUACUAGUGCUAUUAUAUGGACUGCAAUUGAUUAUAUUAUUUGUGGUAAAAAAUUUUCAAUGAUUUCUUUUUCUUCUGGAAUCAUGACAGGUUUAGUUGUUUUCACACCAGGUGGUGGAUAUAUUACAUCUGAUGAUGAAUUUUGGAAACCUAUUGUAUUUGGAGUUGUUGGUGCUAUAUUGUGUAAUUUAGCAACAAGAUUAAAAUAUUAUUUCGGCAUUGAUGAUGCUUUGGACAUUUUCGCGAUUCAUGGAGUUGCUGGUAUAGUUGGAUCACUAUUAACUGGAAUAUUUGCUAAUAAAUUAUAUGGUUCAAAAGGUGGUUGGGUUGAAGGACAUUGGAAACAAUUUGGGUUUCAAUUGUUGGGGAUUGUUGUAACGAGUGCAUAUGUUUUUGUUUUGACUUGCUUCCUUCUAUACAUCAUUGAUUUGAUACCUGGAUGUCAUUUAAGAAUUGAUAAAAAUUUCAAUAGGCGAGAGAGGGAGAAAAGAAAAGCAAGAAGAUUGAGCGAGGUAGUUGAAACACAACAACAUGAAAAAAUUUCUGAUUCACUGGGUGAAGAAGAAAGUUUAGACCAUUGGGAACAAAUGGAAUUAAUGGGAAUGGAUAAUUACGAAUUUAAUGGAGAAUAUAUGACUGACUAUAUUGAAUUUAUAAAAGUUAUACUGCCAGAAGAUUACGAAGAAUCUAUACUUAAAGAAGAAGUGAUUUUACCACCAAUUGAAAACCAUUCUGGUAAUAGUUUUCAAACGCAUCAAGAUGGAAAUCUAACUAAACGAGAAUAG